AUGCUGCCACGGAAUGCAAUCGCAUUCUGUAAAACCCUAGGCGCAACCCGCGCAAAGAUCAUCACUGCUGCGACACACAAGACCUCCGCCGCAAUACUACUCGACUACCCGCCGGGCGCCUACACGGGCAUGCGGACCUUCGAUAAGCUGGGCAUCAUGGAUUUCACGGGCCACACAACGCGCCUCGCCAACUCGCUGCAACAGAUCCGGUUCCCUGGACAAGACACGAGCACUUCAGUCGUCGAUAGUGAUGUUGAAGCGGCGGCAGCCACACUGGGGUUGGCGCCAUUAAGGAGACCGGAUGUGAUGAAGGAAGAGACGACGAACCUGGUCAAGGCAGGACUCAAGUUCUAUUACAAGAACCGCGCGGAUGAUGCGCUUGGACCCGCUGAUGAGACCAAAGUCACCGUUCUCUGUACCUGGGAUCCUAAGAACCAGGAACCGACACUGAUUGCCCAUUUCGAGCCACUCAAGACACCAACGACACGCAUGUGCAAGGUUGAAGUCCGCGGAUCCCCCCGUCGCCACGCUACCGCCAAAGACUCCCAAUGGGUUCGAGAUCGCAGUAGCCUUAGGGCAUCAAUGGACAAGGACUCGGAUGAAGCCCUCCUCUUUGAAAACUCGACCCAGGACAUCUAUGAGGGCCUGUCGUCCAACUUUUUCGCGUUCGACCGCGAGCGUCGAACAAUUCUUACUGCACCUCUGGAUAGUGUCCUCCAAGGCACGAUCCUGAAAGUCGUCAUGAACGUCUGUAACGUGGAAAACAUCGCGUUCGAGUUCAAGUUCCCGAACCUCAAGCAAAUCCAUGAAUGGGAGGGCGCCUUCGUUUCCAGUACAUCCAGACUGGUCCUGCCAAUCGAAAAGUUGGUGAUGCCAGACGGGAAUGUGAAGGAAUUCGAGCCCAGUCCGACCAUUGAGUUGAUCCGUAGGGAGGUCCUAAAAGAGUGUCGCAAGCGGGUCGAGCCCCUCUUGACCAAAGAAGAUAUUUGA